AUGGCACACCGUCUGAUGAUGCAUCACCAACCUCACAACCACGAAGCUUUAGAGUAUAGCGACGAUGGUUCGAGCCAUAGCAGUGAUUCCGAUAGCUUCAUCGUCCCCGACUCUGAAGGGGAUGAUGGAAACUCACUUCCGCAAACACCUACAGUUCCCCAAUCAACUCUGAGUCAGAGGUACAGACGCAUAAGGCCUGUUGAACGCAGCGCGUUCUCGGAGGUCGAGGACGACAGAUUCUCCGGCUCAGACGAGUCUCCGACGCCCUACACGCGCCAUCGAGACGUCGACAGCGGCUCGCGAGGCCAGCACCGCCUCCACUUUCUAAGUAGCAGACUCGAGGCGUUGGCAGAGGCAAUAGAAGAUAUGGCAGCUGAUAUCGAAGACAUAAAGUACGAGAUCUAUGAUAUACUGGGGGGGGUUCUACAGGAUAAGAGGCGCUGA